CAAUAAACAAAGUUGAGGCUAAAGUAUUGCGUGUUAUGAUUCAAGUUAGAUUUUGCGACCUCAUUUCAGUUACCAAUGCUUUCCUGUCGCCAGCUAAAAACCUCAUAGUAAAUUAUCUAUACAGGUCAAAGUAAUAUGACAUCCAUAUCCGAGUUAAAAGCACAACUUAACGCCACAUAAAUUCAACCAAGCUCCUCGGUGCAAAACUUCAGUGCUAAGCAAAUAACGGUGCAAGAAUAACAGUUGCCAGCAAAAAAAAAUGUCGAACUUAGACUCAAUCAACGAAGCCGUGGCUUCAAAAGCCUCAAACACGAACGACUUAAUUCUCUCCUCACUUUCAUCGACUUCAGUAGCUCCGCCUCCUCCGACUAGCCAAGAAGAGGAACACAUAAACUCAAUGGUGAUUUUCUUCGUCCUCACAAUACUGCUGAUGUGUAUUCUCUUGGUGCACUUUCUGAUUCGGUUCAAAAUGAAUGUACUGCCAGAGUCUAUUGCUGUAAUAUUUCUGGGAGCGGUAGUCGGACUGCUGCUGAAGAUACUGAGCAACAAUAAUGUGCUAGAUAUGCAAGAGGCGGAGACAUUCAACCCGACUGUCUUUUUCCUUCUUUUCUUACCUCCGAUCAUUUUCGAGGCUGGCUACUCGCUACACAAAGGAAACUUCUUCCAAAACAUAGGGUCCAUACUCACACUGGCUAUCUUUGGCACUGCAAUAUCCGCUCUGGUCAUAGGAGCCGGAGUGUACAUUUUAGGUGUGGCUGGACUUGUAUACGAAUUGUCCAUAGUCGAGAGCUUCGCUUUUGGCAGUCUUAUCUCAGCUGUGGACCCUGUUGCUACCCUGGCUAUUUUUCAGGCUCUCGACGUUGACCCAGUGCUCUACAUGUUGGUGUUUGGAGAAAGUGUUCUAAAUGACGCGGUGGCAAUCGUGAUGACGACCACUAUUUUGCUUAUGAAUCACGCACCCUAUUCAGCUAUGUCAGGAGGAUCUUUAUUGCUUUUUGGAAUGAAUCAUUUCCUAGUCAUGUUUUUUGCAUCAGCGAUGCUUGGCGGGGCUUUUGGAUUACUUUCCGCGCUGCUUUUGAAACACUUUGAUUUGAGUGAUACGCCCUCUUUAGAGUUCGGCUUUAUUCUAAUCUUCGCGUAUCUCCCUUAUGGUUUGGCUGAAGGAAUUCAUCUUUCGGGUAUCAUGGCAGCCCUUUUCUGUGGAAUAACGAUGUCUCAUUACACCCAUUUUAACCUGUCUCCCGUAACUCAGAUCACAGUUCAACAGGCAUUUAGGACGAUGUCGUUCAUGGCCGAAAACUGCGUGUUCGCUUAUCUAGGUCUUGCGAUUUUCUCGUUCCACCAUCGCGUGGAGGUGGCACUCAUAGUGUGGAGUCUGCUGUUGAUCCUGCUGAGCAGGGCAGUCAACGUGUUCCCCAUCUCUUUCCUUCUCAACUUCUUCCGGGACCACAAGAUCACUCGCAAGAUGCAGACCAUCAUGUGGUUCUCAGGACUCAGGGGUGCAAUCGCAUUCGCACUUUCUCUCUAUCUGGACUUAGAUGAGGACAAACACGAGGUCAUCAAGACCACAACACUCAUCAUUGUCCUGUUUUCAACCCUCAUCUUAGGCGGAUGUACCAUGCCUCUGAUGAAACUAGUCGGCGACGUCAACGAGGAAUCCCCGGCACCCAGUCGCAGAAAGGGCAAGAGCAGAGGAUCGGCCAGUCGCCGUGCAGACAGAGCAAAGAGAAAAGAUCUGAAUUUAGUGAAGACCCACGACUGGAAAGCGAUCGACUCCGAGGCGUUCUCGGAACUGACAGAGUCGGAAGAUACUGUGAACCCGGGUGAAGUGGGCUUCAUAUACAUGAAUCGCAAAACAGGUUUGAUCAAACUAGACGAGGUAUAUCUCAAACCAUUCUUCACGAAGCGGUUUACAAGCGAAGAAAUCCGAACUGGGCGAAUUAAAAUGAAGCAACUGACGAACCAAUGGUACAGCAAUAUCAGGCGACCGAACGACGACGAUUCGUCGGCCGAAGAUGACAUCACACUAUUGGCCAACGACAACUCAAUAAAGGUGGGUCAAUCUCAAGGGGUCGGUUCGAGCUCAUCAAGGUCUAUGCGAAACGAUGGCAUUGUUCCGAAUGGAAUGAAUGAAUCGAUGCUUGAUGAAAUAUCAACUGAGCGCAUGUGAAAUUGCAUAUGAAAUCUGCAGUUUGAUAAUAUCACAUGAACUCGUGUUCUUCGGGGCUUCUAAAAAGAGUCUGCGUACAGGUUAUGAAUUUCAUAAAUUACUUAUAGACUAAGAUAUAUAAAUAUUUCACUUUACCAAGAUUAUUAGGUGUCAAAUGUUGCAGUAUUUUGAUUUUUAGUAGUGUUUUGUGUUCCUUUUGUUUUCUAUUUGAAGCUAUUCCCUAAAAUAAUUUAACUAAUUUUGAGGUGCUACUUAAUAAUUUAAUUUUGUCAAUCAAUUGCGCAAAGUUUGAAGUCAAUGAAAUUAUGAAAUGUUGAUGUCUUCUUGUAUAUCAUGAAUUUGAUGUAUAAAUGUUGGUAUGUUUUAAAUGUAUCAUAGAAUUUCUUUUAUCACUUAUC